AUGGUGGCGGCCGUAGUAGAUGCGAGCCCCCCCUUCAUCUUUCACGCCAUUGUACUUUCCUCUCCCUUCCUCCUCACCAUCCCCCCGGAGGAUUCCAGAACCGUUCGUGUUCUCUUGCUUCUGCGCUUUUUCCCGAUUCUCAGGUUUGGAUGUGGCCUUAGCCUCUUCCGCGACUUGACAUCACCUUCCUCCCCCCGAGAACCUCCUUCUCUACGCAUCCGACGUGGACACCACCUGUCUAAUGACCUCGAACCCUCCUCAGUCGGGCGUUCAACAAGGACAGAGCACCGCUACCAACCCUUCCAACCCGCCCGCUUCUUCCACCCCCUGGCAGCUGCUCCGGCGCCGGCCAGGUCCUACGCCAACGCCGCAACGAAGAAGUCCGCGACGGACUCGACCGCCGCUCCCGUCACCGUGGGUGGCUCGGCGCAACAUGGGAAGUCGACUUCAGUAUCUCCUGUGAACGGCAACCCCAUGCAAACCCAACAAACCCAGCAGCCCCCGGCGUCGGGUGUGACCAUCGUAAACGGUGCACCAACCGCCCCGGCCGCUGCGUCGACUGCUCCUUCCUCGCAGGGCGAUCACUCGCGCAAGCCCUCCGUGACCAUUACCUCCGCUGGUACUUCUGGAUACAUGCCGAACGGCGGCUCUGCUAGCCGCCCGCAGAGCCUGCAGUUCGGUUUCGCCAACCCUCAGAGCUCGCCCAACAUGGGCAAUCCCGCUGUUCUCGCCUCGAACCAGUCGCAGGCUGGUCUGGGUGCUCCCUCGGCCAACCCGCGUGUCACCUCGCCUCAGACCUCUCCGUCGCCCAUUCCGCAGCCCGCCUCUAGCGGCGGCCGUCCGCCCUCUACCUACCAGGGACAAGGCAACGUCCCGAACUUUGGCAGCUUUGGUGAAUCCGGUGAUAACAACGCUCCCCUCGGUCCCGGUCCUCAGCACCUGCGUCGCGAGUCUUCGCAGUCUACUCACAGUGAUAUGAGCAACCACAUGGGCAGCGGCCCCGGCCCCGGCCGCGGUGGCUACCCUCACCAGGGUGGCCGUGGUCGCGGAUACUCCCAAUCUGGUUAUCAAGGACAGAUGCCCUACUCGCCGGGCCCCAACUUCCGUCAGACUCACAACCAGCCUCGCGGUGGCCCCAGCAUGGGCCCUCAGUUCCACGGUCCCAACCAGGGUCGCCCCUUGGCCCCCUUCCCCAACUCGCCGCACCAAGCGAACCGCAGCCCAGCUCUCGCCAAUGCGCAUCCUACGACCCCCAACAUGAACCCCGUGCCAAUGGCCGGUCACCCUCAGAUGGGCCAGCCGUAUCCAUAUGGGCAGCCGAUGGGUCCGCAGAAUGUGAGGCAGAACACUUUUCAUCAUCUCCCCCCGAAGCCCGGUCAUGGUCGGCGUCGCAACGACUAUCCAAAGCGAUGGUACCAGCGGCCGCCUACCCAAGUCCAAUUCCAACCGCAACCGCGCGUUGAUCAAAUGGCUAUGAGUCCCCUUCCUCCAGUUCCAGACAUGCGGCCGGAAACCGGCAACUGGCAACAGUAUCUAACAACUGCCAAAUCCUAUCAGACCUAUCCUGCCGCUCCCUAUGAUCCUAAUUACGGCUACUACAACCCUGGCUAUGCUUCCAUGCAGCCCCAGUACAUGCCCCCUUCGCCCCAACCCCGUCCGGGCAUUCCUUACAACCAAGCUGGAUACAUGCCUGGACAAUUCCCCGUCCAGCCCCCCCAGUCGACUCCUCUUUCACGAACUCCCUCUCAAGUUUCUACUGACCGUCCCGGUUCAAGCCUUGGUCAGCCCGCACAGUCUGGUCCUGGCCAUGCGCACACCGGUAGCCGCUCCUCUAACAGUCCCGCUCCGGCCAAGUCGCACUUUGUCCUGCCCACCAAGAAAAGCGCCAUUGUCAUCAAGGAUCCUGGCAGCGGUGCAGUCAAGCACUUCGACAAGAACCCUGCAUCCCCGGCCCGUGCCACUCCCUCUCCCGUAAAGAUUACGACUCCGACCUCGACUCCUCCGCCACGCACCGCCAGCGCGUCAGAGCACAGCCGCUCCGAGAGCAAGGCUUCCAGCUCCAAGACUGACGAGGAGAAGAAGCAGGAGCUGAAGGAUGCUGUCAAGAAAAAGAUUGAAGAGGAUGAGGCUGCGCAGAAGCGUGAGGCCGAGAAGGCCAAGAGCCAGACCACCGAGGAGACCGAGCCUACUGAGACCGCCAAGCCCAAGGAUGAGGGCACUGACGCUGCCAGUGCCGCCAUGGAGAACCUGACCUUGAAGGAUAAGGCCGCCCCUGCUGAGGAACCUAAGAAAUCGCCUGCUCCCGCCCCCGCGACCCCGGCUCCUGCUCCUGCUCCUGCUCCCGCUCCCGCUCCCGCUCCCGCACCGGCCGAUGACGACGAGAUCGAUUUCGAUGCCAUUGAGCGUGAGAUGGCCGAGAUCGAAGCCAAGGAGCGUGCCGCGGAAGAGGACUACAACCGCAAGAAGCAGGAAAAGAAGGAGGAAGCUGAGCGCAAGGAGCGUGAAGAGCGUGAGCACUACGAGAAGACCAUGAAGCAGGCCGAGCGCGAGGCUGAAGAGCGUGAGCUUGCCCGCGAAGCAGCUCGCGCCAAGGGUGAGUCCGCCGCUCCUAGCGAGGAUACGGAUCUGUUUACUACCCUGAAGAAGGGUGGAUUCCCUCCUACCGAGUCCUCUACCCCCGGUGACAGCGGCGCUGCCACCCCGGUUUCCUCAGACAUGUCUAUGGGUCCUCCCGGAAAGCCUGCCAGCGCCACCGCUAAGAAGCCUGCUGGUCUGAAGCUUGAUACUCCCAAGCCUAGCGAGCCUCUCCAGCCGAGUGCCGCCAUGAAGUCUCUUCAGAAUGCCAAGUUCCUGCAGGAUCUUGCUAAGAUCACUUAUCCAUCCACUAUCACCGCUCCCAACCUGGCUCUGAACGCUCAAUCCCCAGCCGGUCGUCAAUUCCACUAUGACCGCGAGUUCUUGCUCCAGUUCCAGACCGCGUACAAGGACAAACCGUCCAUCGAUUGGGACACUCGUGUGCGCGAGACCCUUGGUGAUCCCGCUGAUUCUUCUCGCCCUCAGUCCGCCCGCACUCCCAGCAUGGGACCCCGUUCUGGCUCCCAGCGUGGUGGUAUGCCUGGAUUCCCAGGCAUGGGCAACUUCGGCCAGCCCGGUGGCAGCCGUCACAGCAUGCCCCCCGUCAGCUCCUCUCGUGGCGGUUCCUUCCCUGCCUUCCCCCGCCCCAUGGGUAUGGCUCCUGGCAUGAGCCGCAACAACUCUUCCAACAUGCCCAUGUCUCCUCGUGUCGCUUCUAGCAAGGGCCGUGCUGGUAGCAAGCGUGACAAGCACUCCGUCAAGAAGGAGGAGGAUAUGAACAAGACCAUGCCUCUCACAGCCGGUAUGGACCUGAAGCUUCCCUCGGUUUCUUCCACUGGCUGGAAGCCCCGCAGUAUUGGCCAGUCUACUGCUGCUGCUGGUCCCGCGCCUGGUGGUGAAGCCUACAUGGCACCGGAUGUCGUGCAGCGCAAGGUCAAGGCCGCGCUUAACAAGAUGACCCCCGAAAAGUUCGAUCGUAUCUCCGCUCAGAUUUUGGAGAUUGUCUCUCAGUCCAAGGAUGAGUCUGACGGCCGCACCCUCCGUCAAGUUAUCCAGCUCACUUUCGAGAAGGCUACUGAUGAAGCUCACUGGGCUCCCAUGUAUGCCAAGUUCUGCAAGGCCAUGCUUGAGAGCAUGAGUGCCGAGAUCAAGGACGAGAACAUCCGCGACAAGAACGGCAAUGUUGUCGCCGGCGGCAGCCUGUUCCGCAAGUAUCUGCUCAACCGCUGCCAAGAGGAGUUCGAACGUGGUUGGAAGGUCAACCUACCUCCCAAGCCCGAGGGUACUACUGAGGAGAUCGCGAUGAUGUCUGACGAGUACUACGUUGCUGCUGCCGCUAAGCGUCGCGGUCUUGGUCUGGUCAAGUUUAUUGGUGAGCUGUACAAGCUCGGCAUGUUGACUGAGCGUAUCAUGCACGAAUGUGUUAAGAAGCUGGUCGACUACGAGGGUAUUCCUGAUGAAGCUGAGGUAGAGUCUCUGACCAGCCUUUUGCGCACCAUUGGUGCCAGCCUGGAUGCCUCUGAGAAGGGACCUGCUAUGAUGGAUGCCUACUUUGCUCGUAUCACUAUGAUGAUGGAUAUUCCUGGUCUUCCCAGUCGUCUUCGCUUCAUGCUUAUGGAUAUCGUUGAUCUGCGUCGUCAGCGCUGGCACUCCAAGGACUCCGACAAGGGUCCCAAGACUAUCCAGCAGAUCCGUGAGGAGGCUGCUCGCGCUCAGCAAGAGCAGGAGAUGGAGCGUAUGCGCCAACAGUCCAACCGCGGAGGUGGUGGCGGUGGUCGCAUGGCCAUGGGUCGUGGUGAUGUCCGGAGCUACGGCCAACAGGCCCCUCCCCCCGACUACGCUUCCAGCAAGGUCGGCAGUGACGACCUCCGUCGUCUGCGUGCUAGCCGCAACACCAACCAGCCCAUGUCCUUCGGUCCGUCCAGCCUGCUCGGCUCCCGCAGCAACAGCGGCCGCAAGAACCUGGGCCCUGGCGGCAACCUGGUCCGUGGCGGUGACGACAGCGCUACCUCCAGCCGCAGCGCCAGUCAGGCCGGCAAGAAGGAAGACAAGGAGGCUUCGUCUUCCAUCAAUGCUUUCAGCGCCCUUGCGGCUCUUGAAGACAAGGACAACAUGGCCACCUCGCCUCCUUCCAACCCGACCUCCCCCAUGCUCACCAAGUCUCAGCCCGCUACCGCUGAGCGCCGGCCCUCCAAAACACCGUCCAAGGACGGCGAGAACGCAGCAUAG